AUGAAAGACGACUCCCUCACCAAUCGCCCGUCCUUGUUGGACUUGCGAUCCCACUCCGCCAACUCUGCUGUCUCUUCUUCUUCUCGGCCUCUUCGAUCACCACGGCUUCAUGUUGCUGGAGAAGCACCCCCCGAGCUUUCUCCCCUGGAUGCCUUUGCUCUGCAAAGCCGACUGCUAGCUCGACAGCUACAAGAGACGACCAACAAAGAUGGAAAUCGCGUCAGCCGACUACCACCUCUCACGGCGGAGAGCCCUCUAAUCAUCCAAGGUCGAUCAGAGUACUUUCGAUCCAUGUCCCAGGACUCGGGAUCCGAACGCGAUGAAUCUCCCGCCCCUCCACUUACCCCUGGCUUUGGCGGUUUGGGGCUACGCACCGAGAUGGAGGACGCCUUCUCAGACGAGGUCCAGCGGCCGAGGUCCAUGCACCCACGGAUGAGUCGAAUCCCGCCCACCCCCGAUGAAGGCGUGCCUCCUCUGCCGGAGGACAUGCCAGACGUACCAGACAUACCGGAGUAUGCUCGGGGUCGGCAGCUGGGACAUCAAAACGACAAUACCAACUUCUUCGGGGCCCGCCAGGACCGUUCUCCAUCACCACUCCAGAGUGAUACCCUCUCUCAACUGGACCGCCAAUCAACAAAAUCCCCCACUCCGUCUCAUCCUCAAUUAAACUCCUUUCCUUCUCUGUCAAACAUGUCCCCUCGAAGGACCAAACAGAGCUCCUUUGACGAGGUUGGAUUGGCGCCACCCAGAAGCCUCCUCCCUGGACGAUCGCCGAGCGCCUUGUCCUCCCCUGUACCCCCAGAUGAGGAAACAUUCGGCAACAUGUCUAGCUCCGUUCAGUCUCUUCCUUCCAGAAAACUCUCUUCUGGCAGCGCAGCCCUCCCACCUCACAUGGCGUCCUCUGUCCUACCCCCCUUUCAACGAUCCCCAUCCGUUGCCUCUGAAUCCUCCGCUCUCCCUCGACCCGCCUUCAACUUUUCUCGGCCCAUGAGUAGAGCUGGAACGCCAAACCUGGACCAUCCCAUUCGACAGGCUUCAUCAGACAGCCAGCCGUCUUUUAUCCUGGCCGAUGAGUCGGCUCAUACUCCCAUAAGUAUGCACAGCGAAGCUUUCGCAGAGCAGCCAUCAGACGACAAGGCCGGCGGGUCAUAUACCUAUUCCAAAUUUGUUCUGCCUCGAGGAAAGUCAAUUCAGCGUUCAGAAUCGUCCGACCUCCCACCCCAAGCGGGUGCACCCCCCUCCCCCCCUACUCGACCUUCUAGCUCAUCAGCUCGCGCUAUCCCUGACGAUGCCGCCAGUAUUUCCAGCGCAAUGUCAAGGCAGCGGAGUGAUGCGGGCAAACUCAGCAUGGAGAGUUCUCAGUUUGCACCUUAUGGACGCGCCUCACCGAACCCCAGCAGACCUUCAACUGAAUCCAGGCGGCAUGCAGAAGACAGCUCCAGGGGUAGAUCACGAACGUUGCAUACCGGAGAGGCGCCUCGAGGCAGAACACCAGCCUCAGUCGCUGCUGAAAUGACAGCUGAAGAACACCUUGCCAAGGGAAUAGAAUGCCACGAGAACGGCUCGCUGAACGAGUCGACCUAUCACCUCCGGCACGCCGCCCGACUAAACCACCCAACAGCCAUGCUUCUGUAUGCUCUUGCCUGUCGCCAUGGCUGGGGUAUGAAGCCCAAUCAGAAAGAAGGAGUGCAGUGGCUACGAAAAGCAGCCGACAUGGCAAGUGGUGAAGUUGCAGAGGAUGAAGGGAAUGCCAAGGAAGGGAAGCGCAUUAAUAUUGCCGAAAACAAGACCCACAAGGCCCAGUUUGCUCUGAGCAUUUAUGAACUGGGCGUUAGCCAUAUGAAUGGAUGGGGUAUCGAGCAAGACAAAGCCCUUGCGCUGCGCUGCUUUGAAAUCGCUGGCACAUGGGGCGAUGUUGAUGCUCUAGCGGAAGCUGGUUUCUGCUACGCGCAAGGGAUUGGCUGCAAGAAGAAUCUGAAAAAGAGUGCCAAGUUCUACCGUAUGGCUGAAGCCAAAGGCAUGAGCAUGGUGGGCAACAGCUGGAUUCACAAGUCAAAAUACAUGGAUGACGAGGAUGCUCCUCCUAAACCCUCGGCAGAGGACAAAAAGUCUCGAGCCCGCAGCAAAUCCCGCUCCCGCGCAAUGUUUGGCAAGAAGUGA